GGGAGGGAGAACUGUGCUACCUCGCCCUCCUGCUGACUGUGAUUCCCAUCAAGCUUUAAACCUAUCACGAUUAUAGCGCCGAGUGCUACUGCCCCGCUAUCCCGGUCUAUCUCUCAAGAUGGGCAGCAGAUUCUCCUCGCCGCGCAUGAUGCGUGAUCCUGGCGCAAACGCCAGUUCCGGCAAAGUGAACUCGCGGUCUAUAAGCUCCUUCAUCAGUCUUCUUCCGACCGAACUGCUCUGCAAUAUCUUCAUGCUGUGUGGACGCUCCGACGACGAAUUUUACUAUCCUCGCGAGGACAUGGACUACUGUGGACGAAGCCGGAACCUACCAUGGUUGCACAGUCAAGAAGUAGUCAGCCUUGGGCUCGUGUGUGCGCGCUGGUUUGCUAUAACGCGUGGCUGUCCCCAACUGUGGACCAUGGUCGAUGUGUCCUCGCCACGCCCAUGCGACAUAGCUGCACUCAGGCGAUGCAUAAGGUACUCUAGCGAUCUUCCGCUUACAUUGAGAAUCAACGAUCGCCACAACCUAGUUCCGGGACAACCCGAUGUCGAUGCCUGCCAACGAUUCAUGCAGAUUGUAGCGUCGGUGUCUUUCCGCUGGGAUGAGAUAUCCAUCCUAUCUACCCGUAGCGAGCCCACGCUGCUCGAUCUAGUCGCGCCCCUGCUCUUUCAACCGACCAACGCUUUUAGGCGUCUUCGGCGCGCCAUGAUCAAGCACCACAAUCAUCUCAAGGAGCCAGCCGUCGACUGCCUCCUCUGGCAGAUGUUCUUCGCGUCACCUUCUCUGCGUCAGGCACAAUGGGCCGGCGCUCACGUUCACGCUCCUGCAUCUACCCUCGUAAAACUGACACAUGUCGGUGUGAAUGAUCUCCCUCCGCAGAAUAUCCUGGACCUCGUGCGAUCAUGCCCCAAAAUCGAAGUACUUCAGAUCUCGGUGCGGUCGAAUGAAAGUGUCUUUCCGGGAAAGGAAGAUGGUCACCUCAUACCUUGUGUGUCCCCGCGAGUCGUUCUGCCCCAUCUGCGCGUCAUUAUGCUGAGCUGCUUCGGUGAUUGGACGAAUUUCUUUGAAAGUAUUUCUACUCCCUCUCUGAGUCGUCUUGACUUCGCCUACACAGGCAUCCAGGCCACCGCGAUAGAUACUAUGCUUCAAUCCUCCCAUGCGCGACUGGACAUGCUUUCGCUCCGUUACAUAUAUGACGGACAUGACGUGCAGUGCGCGGCCCUUCUACGCUGUGCAUCGCUGCGACAGCUACGUAUAGUACUUCAGGAGAAAA